ACCCAUGGUAACCACAAUGCAAUCACAAAAAUCACAACCAUUGACAGAUAUCAACCAUAUUUCAUCUAUUUUUGAGCCAUCCAAAUUUGAUCUACCUUAUCCAACAAAACCCCACCUUUAUCACUACGCUUCAUUACAUACCCCUUCCCUUCAUUUCCUCCUUUCCCUUUGCAUUCAACAUAUCAAAAACAUCACAACAGCUCUAAAAAUGGCAACAGCAGCAGCAACAUCAGCAACAAUACCAGCUGCAGCAACAAUCACAUGCAGCAAAACACAAAGAAAGAUGAACAAACCAAGAGUUGUGUACAUGAAUGGGCUUAACUCUUAUGGUGGGCUUAAGGCACAUAACCCGGUGCUCGGCCUCGGCAAACCCAUCUGCACUGAGCAAUGCUUUGCCAAUGUGAUUAGCUCAUUGAGGACUAAUGGUGCUGGUGGGGGUGCUGGUGCUUUGUCUUCAACAUGUAAUGCUGCAGGUGAGAUUUUUAGGAUUGCUGCAAUUAUGAAUGGGCUUGUUCUUGUUGGUGUUGCUGUUGGUUUUGUGCUUCUUCGGAUUGAAGCUACACUUGAAGAAGCUGAGUAGUUUUAUCAUUCAUUUGUAUUUUAUAUUUGGAUCGACAUAUAUAUAUUAAUUCUCUUUUUAUCUUCCCUAAUCUUUGAAAUUGGGAACAUUAUAUGUUCAGUUUGUAAGUUGGAAUGAUAAAUUUUUUAUUUUGAUCUCA